GACAUCCAAACUCAGCUCACAAGCCAUGUUUCCAGUUUAUCAGUUUCCCUUUCACUCUUCCAACUACCUCUGGUGAGUUCUGCCCAGUGACUGAUGAGACUUUCAAAUGUCGCCUUUCCAUUGGAGGGUGGUACCCAUGAGACUUAAUUCCUGGAACUCAUAUUGCAAAAGGAACUUCAGUUCCUGGUAAGGUGAGCCUGGCCUCCACCAAAUCAUGGACAAUCUGCCCUGCUGCUGGGGCUGCCGACCUUGACGGCCCAGGGAGGAGUCAGGCUGGAGUCUUGCAUUGCUGUGUGCCCCGGGUCCCAGCCCCUGCCUGGCUUCAUGAUGGUGAGUUACAGGUAUUGACUGAGUCACCAUCAUCUAUCUAUGGUCCCUGCGAAGAAGAAGAUGGCGGGUUUCCCAGAAUCCUUCACACCUGGAUCCUCCUCCUCCUCCUCACACCUCCUCCUCCUCUUCUUUCUCCAGCUACCCACUCUGGGUUCAGCUCAGUUUUCUGUGAUUGGGCCUUCUGAUCUCGUUCUGGCCUUGGAAGGGGAAGACGUUGAGUUACACUGUCACCUGGAUCCCAAGAUGAACGCUGAGCCCAUGCAGGUGAGGUGGUUCCGAUCCGAAUUCUCUAACAUUGUGCACCUGUACGAGAAUGGAGAGGACCAGUUUGGACAGCAGAUGGAGGAGUAUCGAAGAAGGACGGAGUUGGUGAGAGAUGCCAUGGAUUAUGGGAGUGUGGCUCUGAGAAUACACAAUGUAAGAGUCUCUGAUAAGGGAAGGUUUCGCUGCUUUUUCUAUAAUGGCCUGACGUAUGAAGAUGCUCAUCUGGAGCUGCAGGUGGUUGCUCCCCUCUUCCCGACAGCUUUGUCCUUGAUGGUGGCCCUUAGUGUGACCCUCCCUGUGCUGGGACUGCUCAUCGCUGGGGGUCUUUAUCUCAUCUGGAAACACCCCAGGGAGAAAGGGAAACUCCAGAUUGAACUCAGGUGGAGCAGGAGCCAGUUACACAUGGCCAACGUCACUCUCGACCCAGACACGGCGUAUCCCGCACUCGUCCUGUCCGAGGAUCGGAAAACGGUGACAGCUGGAGACACGUGGCAGGACCUGCCCGACAACCCGGGCAGAUUCACAGGUUCUCCCUGUGUGCUGGGCCGCCAGCGCUUCACUUCCGGGAGACAUUGCUGGGAGGUGGAGGUGGAAGAAGCGACUGUCUGGCGUCUGGGGGUUUGUAGGGAAAAUGUGGGGAGAAAAAGGGCGAUUUCGGAGUCACCUGCAGAUGGAUUCUGGGCUGUGAAGAAGGAUGUAGAUGGAUACUGGACGCCCACUUCUCCCCCCACCCGUCUCCGCCUGAGCACAGCCCCCUCCCGGGUGGUGGUAUACCUGGACUACGAGGCUGGAGACGUCUCCUUCUACAGUGGCACUGACGGAUCCCACAUCUACACUUUCCCCCGCGCCGCCUUCUCGGGGACCCUCCGACCUUUCUUCCGCCUUUAUCGCAUCGAUGACUCCCUGACCAUCUGCCCUGUGCCCGGUGGGGCUGGGGAAAACCCUGUCCCUGCCUCCGCUCAGGAGACUCCGGUGAGCCCCCCAGGAGUGGGACCAGCCUCAGCCACUGGAGAUGGGGAUCUCCUCCCUGGGGCCGAUGCCCCAUUGCUCCCCACCCAGCCCAGCCCCGGGGUCCCUCUUGCCCCUUAGGGAGCCACCCAGCCCCUGCCCUCUCCCCCCUGCAGCUCUCCGGUCCCUCCCGGGGCUGCAGCUGCCUGUGU